AUGGCAUCCAAAGCCGCUUCCGGCAUCGGAGGGGUGGAGCGUCGUGCCCCACCCCGCGAGUUUCUUUGGCCCCGACCAGGGGACCCAUGUGACUGUGAGAAUCCCCGUUAUCUUCUUGCAUGGUACAAUCGAUGUUCGCCUGAGGAAAGAUGGGAAAAGGCUAUUCGUGGGGCAAUGUAUUAUUGCUCAAAUGAUCCUCGCAGGGGGAAACCCGAUGUUUGCCGUGUGCAGCGGUUCAAAGGCAAAAUCCCACCACGAGAUGCUAUACCGCCACAGAAGCUGAAGUUUCCGGUGGUCAAAAAGGAACCACAGUUUGUUUCUGCCUGCAACAUGUGGAAAUAUCGUCCCAAUGAGUGUCGCGAAAGCCAAGGCCGUUUUGGUGAAGAAUGGAGGUGUGUACCCCUUGAAGGUUUUGUGGAGGAUCAUUGCCCAGGCGUGAACAAGUUUCUUACACAUUUUAUGGGGGCUAACGUGGUAGUUAGUCACGAUUCUACUUGA